GUGCCCUGGUGCCCUUCCCAGCCGUCCGCCCGGGCAGCGCGUGGCCAUGGGGCUCAGCAGCCUGGAGAAGAUGGUUCAGCUGCAGAAGAACACCGCGAACAUCAGGAACAUCUGCGUCUUGGCUCACGUGGACCACGGAAAAACUACUCUGGCUGACUGUCUCAUUUCUAGCAAUGGAAUCAUCUCCAGCCGCCUGGCAGGCAAGUUACGGUACAUGGACAGCAGAGAAGACGAACAGGUCCGAGGCAUCACCAUGAAAUCCAGUGCCAUUUCACUGCAUUAUGCAAAAGAUAACGAGGAGUACCUGAUUAAUCUGAUAGACUCUCCGGGACACGUGGAUUUCUCCUCCGAAGUGUCGACGGCUGUUCGCAUCUGUGAUGGGUGCAUCAUUGUGGUCGAUGCUGUGGAAGGAGUCUGUCCGCAGACGCAGGCGGUUCUGCGGCAGGCCUGGCUCGAGAACAUCCGCCCAGUCCUGGUGAUUAAUAAGCUAGACCGCUUGAUCGUGGAGCUGAAGUUCACCCCGCAGGAGGCCUAUUCUCACCUCAAGAAUAUUUUAGAACAGAUUAAUGCUCUCACGGGAACUCUUUUUACUUCUAAAGUCCUAGAAGAACGAGCAGAGAGAGAGAGCGAAUCCCAGGGGAACCCAAAUUCCGACCCAGGAGAGCAAGUGUAUGACUGGAGCACUGGCCUGGAGGACACAGAUGACUCUCACCUGUACUUCUCUCCAGACCAGGGGAACGUGGUGUUUGCAAGUGCGAUAGAUGGCUGGGGCUUUGGCAUUGAGCAUUUUGCCAAAAUCUACAGUCAAAAAAUUGGCAUAAAGAAGGAAGUUCUUUUGAAAACAUUAUGGGGAGAUUAUUAUAUAAAUAUGAAGGCUAAGAAGAUUAUGAAGGUUGAUCAGGCAAAAGGAAAGAAACCGUUAUUUGUACAGUUAAUCCUGGAAAAUAUAUGGAGUUUGUAUGAUGCUGUCCUGAAAAAGGACAAAGAAAAAAUUGAUAAAAUCGUGACUUCUUUAGGAUUAAAAGUUGGAGUCCGGGAAGCUCGACAUUCGGAUCCGAAAGUCCAGAUCAGUGCCAUUUGUGGGCAGUGGCUGCCCAUAUCCCAUGCUGUCCUUGCUAUGGUGUGUCAGAAACUUCCUAGUCCCCUUGAGAUAUCAUCCGAGAGAGUGGAGAGGCUGAUGUGCACAGGGUCGCAGACCUUUGACUCUCUUCCAGCAGAGACCCAGGCGCUGAAAGCAGCUUUUAUGAAAUGUGGAAGUGAAGAUACUGCUCCAGUUAUUAUAUUUGUUUCCAAAAUGUUUGCAGUUGAUGCUAAGGCUUUGCCUCAGAAUAAGCCAAGGCCUGUCACUCAGGAAGAGAUGGCGCGGAGGCGCGAGCGCGCACGGCAAAGGCACGCGGAGAGGCUCGCAGCGGCGCGGGGCCAGGCGCCCGUGGGGCGCUCCUCCGACGGGGGUGCUCUCGAAGCAAGUCCGGAGGCAGAGGAGCCGCCAGGGGAGCAGCAGGGGCAGAGUGAGACCCCCGACCCUGUGCCACAGGAAGAAAGCAACCAAGAGACUUUCAUUGCGUUUGCUCGGGUGUUCAGUGGUGUGGCUCGAAGAGGCAAGAAAAUUUUUGUUUUGGGGCCCAAAUACAGUCCUGUGGAGUUUCUGCAGCGGGUGCCAUUGGGCUUCUCAGCUCCACUAGACGACCUGCCCCCUGUCCCCCACAUGGCGCGCUGCACCCUGGAGCACCUGUAUCUUCUGAUGGGAAGGGAGCUGCAAGACCUCGAGGAGGUGCCUCCAGGAAACGUGCUAGGAAUAGGGGGCCUUCAGGACUUCGUGCUGAAAUCCGCCACACUGUGCAGCUUGCCCUCCUGCCCGCCGUUCAUACCACUCAACUUCGAAGCUACUCCUAUUGUGAGGGUUGCUGUUGAGCCGAAGCAUCCAAGUGAGAUGCCUCAGCUCGUCAGAGGGAUGAAACUGUUAAACCAGGCUGAUCCCUGUGUCCAGAUUUUGAUUCAGGAGACAGGAGAGCAUGUUCUGGUCACGGCGGGGGAAAUCCACCUUCAGCGCUGCUUGGACGACUUGAAAGAAAGGUUUGCAAAGAUUCAAAUCAGUGUAUCUGAACCCAUUAUUCCAUUCAGAGAAACAAUCACAAAACCCCCCAAAGUGGACAUGGUCAACGAAGAAAUAGGCAAACAACAGAAAGUUGCAGUCAUACACCAGAUGAAAGAAGAUCAAAGCAAAAUCCCUGAGGGAGUCCAGGUUGACUCUGAUGGUCUAAUCACCAUGACAACUCCCAACAAAUUGGUCACGCUCAGUGUCCGAGCCGUGCCCCUUCCAGAAGAAGUCACUCGGAUCCUGGAAGGAAACAGUGAUCUGAUUCGUUCGAUGGAACAGUUGACGUCAUCGUUGAAUGAGGGCAAGAACACUCAGGUGAUUCACCAGAAGACCCAAGAGAAAAUGUGGGAAUUCAAAGGAAAACUGGAGCAACACCUAACAGGGAGAAAGUGGAGGAAUACUGUUGACCACAUCUGGUCAUUUGGCCCAAGAAAAUGUGGGCCCAACAUAUUAGUAAACAAAAGUGAAUAUUUUCAGAACUCUGUGUGGACAGGCCCAGCUGGCAAAGCUUCCCAAGAAGCCAGCAGACACCGAGACAUGGGUAACAGCAUCGUGAGUGGCUUCCAGCUAGCGACUCUCUCUGGCCCCAUGUGUGAGGAGCCUCUCAUGGGUGUUUGUUUUGUUCUGGAAAAGUGGGACCAAAGUAAACUUGAGGAACAAGGAGCAAGUGAUAAACAGAAUCAAGAUCUGGUGCGAGAGGGACGGGGGCAAGGGGUGAGCUGUUGCCUGGGAGACGGGGUAGAGGAGCGGCAGGACCGGCAGGACGGCCACUCCGAGCCCUUGGAGAAGAGCCCUGCCCAGAGGGGGGAGCCUCCCCUCCCCGACUGCUACGGGCCCUUGUCAGGACAGCUGAUCGCCACCAUGAAAGAAGCCUGUCGCUACGCACUGCAGGUGAAACCACAGCGUCUGAUGGCGGCCAUGUACACGUGCGACAUCAUGGCCACCAGUGAUGUUCUCGGUCGGGUCUACGCGGUCCUGUCGAAGAGAGAAGGGCGUGUGCUGCAAGAAGAGAUGAAGGAGGGCACAGACAUGUUCAUCAUCAAGGCCGUGCUGCCCGUGGCCGAAAGCUUCGGCUUCGCUGACGAGAUCAGGAAGAGGACCAGUGGCCUGGCCAGCCCGCAGCUGGUGUUCAGCCACUGGGAGGUCAUCCCCAGCGACCCCUUCUGGGUGCCCACCACGGAGGAGGAGUACUUGCACUUCGGGGAGAAGGCCGACUCUGAGAACCAGGCCCGGAAGUACAGGGACGCGGUGCGGAAGCGCAAGGGCCUCCACGUGGCAGAGAAGAUUGUGGAGCACGCCGAAAAGCAGAGAACCCUCAGCAAGAACAAGUAGCUGCUGUUGGUGGGUUCUCUGUUUCUGAUCAGUAAGACGGCCCCUGCCCCCCGGGGCUGACCCUGGAACACUUGUUUCUGCUGCAGCAUCUCUGUGCGUCCAUGUCAGUAAAAUCGACCCACACAAGUGCUCGAGAGGGGACAUUCGAGAGCACGUGUCCCAAGUGGUUUUUAAUUGAUUCUGGUGUGAGGCAAGACGUGACCGUGAUUGUCACGGUGGAGACGUCACCACCUCUGUGUGACCCGUGACCGUGAGCGUGCGGGCAGCAUCUCUACGCUGAGCAGCCGCGCCCCUGCCUGUCAUCAGGUCACACUUCCCUUAGUCGUAAACAGCCCAUCGUUCCCCGUCCAGUCCCUGCGCUCAGCGUCGUCCGGAGAGACCGCGUGCUCGAGAGACCAGCCACCUUGAAUUAGCUCAGCCGAGUCACUGUCACAGCCGACCCAGCUCAGAGUUCACUUGUCUAGAGAGCAAUGCGGUGUUCAUUGGGCAGCCUCCAAACCUGAUUUCAUGUUCCCUCCUAGAUCCAUCGCUCAUAUCUCAGUAAGUGUUCAUGACAGUUACACUCGAUACCUUUUUCUUUAAAAAAAGUAAAUUUUUAUAAUGUUCUUGGCUAUUUCUUCUUAGCCCUCCUAAAAGGAUAUUAGCUAAUGUGACAAGAUCAUUGCCCUUAUUGUAGCUCUUAUUCCAAAAUCUCAGUUGCCUCGUUCAGGGAGAUCCACAUAUAAGGGAAUAAGUGCACGUCAGUCAAAAAUAGAUUUUGUAAUUUUUGACAUUUAAUAAUUUUUACAGGCACUUAUAACAAAAAGGAUUCUUUUUCAAAACUCAUAAAAUGAUCAAACCAGACCUUGUUUUUGGAAUGUUUUUAAUGUGUGUUUUGUUUUUUCCCCCAAUAAACUAGGUUAUUCUUAAUGCUAGCUGUAGGCAUCUUAACUUUACUCUUGAGAGCUCUGCAUAGCUGGUCAGAUCUACUUAACCCAGACUGUGGGGACAGUGUAGCGGAUAACUCACGGUCUCGAGUUUACCGGUACUGAUGUCUGGAUCAGUCUAGGGAAGCUCUCCCACGCACUGGUCAUCGGAGAACUCGGGUCACGUAGGAAGCGCCAACACUUCGAUUUAUAGCAUUUGUAAGGAACGUCGUUCAGAGUGCCAGAUGUGCUAUUAAAGGUGU